ACCGCCCUCAUUGUGUUUUCAGGUGAUGACUUUGAGUCGUCUUUGCUGAGUUUUGAGAAGUUGGACAGAGCGUCACCAGACCUGUGGCCAGAACAGUUGCCUGGUGUGGCUGAAUUUGCUGCAUCUUGUAAAAACCCCAUCACUAACUCACCUCCCAAGUGGAUGGCUGAACUAGAGAGUGAGGACAUUGAGAUGUUGAAAGAGCUGGGGAGUCUGACCACAGCCAACCUGAUGGAGAAGGUCAAAGGACUUCAGAACCUGGCUUACCAGCUGGGCUUAGAGGAGUCGAGGGAAAUGACCAGAGGCAAGUUCCUGAACAUCUUGGAGAGACCCAAGAAGUGACAAAUCCGUCUUUUUCUUUGUUCUUCAAGUGGCGGGACAUUUGUGAUUUCAAGCUGAAUCAGAUCUGUGUUUAGCGAUAUCAUCUGAACAUGUUCAGACCUUUACGACAAAGA